AUGGGGGAUGAUGACACGUCCACUGUGUACGCUGCUGAACUUCACGGCAUCGAGAUGGCACUCAAUUUAGCCCUGGAAAGCACGGUGCCGUGGGUGACACAGGCGAAGAAUGGCAUUGUCGUCUUCGCAGACAGCCAAGCGGCAUUGAAGGCGCUCCGCCAACCACGGAUGCCGUCAGGGCAGGUCUAUCUGGAAGGGGAGUGGCUGGCAACGAACGUGUCCAUUGACACGCAAAAGAGGCAGCCCUGGAACCGCAAGGGCCACAGAACCCAGAUAAUCGCUGCGGCCAAACGUAGUAUUCGCCGUAAGGCGAAGGCCGAGUGGGAGAGAUCAUGGACCACGGAGAAAACAAGCCGGCCAACAAAACGCUUGGUUGAACUACCAACCGAGAAGACCCUAGAAUACUGGUCCGACCUACGGAAGGCGACGGCAUCAAUUCUGAUGCAGCUUCACACCGGGCGGAUUGGCCUUACGGCUUACCUGCAUCGAAUCAACCGACGCGAGCCAGCGAGAUGUAGUUGCGAUCUGGGGAACCAGACAGUCAGUCACAUCUUGCUUGAAUACCCGCUGCUCCAGGAUGAGCGCAACUGGAUGAGAAACGCCCUGUCAGAGCGCGGGGUCGCUAGUCGUCUCGAUGAGCUCCUAAUACGGCCAGAGGCCAGCGCAAUUGUGGCUGAAUUCAUGAUACGAAUAGUUCUAAGCAGUCGACCCAAUGGCUUUAGGGGUCGAAAAAGGCGACGGAAAAUAAUGACCCCGCAGGACAGUGUCACGGAAGGAGAAGGAUGGCGCCCGUGA